AUGACUCAACUCUUCGGUCGCCUUCAGCAAGCGACUUUGGACCUCCUCUCCGGUGCGGAUAUUCAAUUCCGCCGCGAAACCCGUCUUGACAUUGCGCUGGUCAAGAACCUCCCCGUCGCCCUUAUCUUCCUUCCGGCCGCCGAUAUUCCCACCUUCGUUGGCGAGGGUCGCGUUGACAUCGGUAUUACUGGUCGCGAUCAAAUUGCCGAGCAUGAUUCGCAGCUGCCUAGCGGUGAGACCUCUGGCGUGGAGGAGAUCAUGGACCUCGGGUUCGGCGGUUGCAAGCUGCAGGUCCAGGUUCCCCAGAAGGGUGACAUGACUGAAGCGAAGCAGCUGAUUGGCAGGAAUGUCGUUACCAGCUUCACCGGUCUCACUGAGGCCUUCUUCGCUAACCUCGAGAGCAACGGAGAGCCGAGCAAGUUGGCGCGCGCGGGUGGUGGAUACGAUCUCCGCACCAAGAUCAAGUACGUUGGCGGUAGUGUUGAGGCUGCCUGUGCUCUUGGUGUCGCCGACGGUAUCGUCGAUCUUGUUGAAUCCGGAGAGACCAUGAAGGCUGCCGGCCUGAAGGCCAUCGAUACCGUGGUCGAGAGUACCUCUGUUCUUGUGAAGUCUAAGAACACCACGAACCCUCUUGUGGACCUGAUCAGCUCUCGCAUCCGCGGAGUCAUCACCGCUCAAAAGUAUGUGCUGUGCCAGUACAAUAUCCCCCGCACCGAGCUAUCGACUGCAUGCAACAUCACCCCUGGCAAGCGUGCUCCUACCGUGACAGCCCUCGAAGAGGAGGGCUGGGUUGCUGUCAGCUCCAUGGUGGAGAAGAAGAAGAUCGCCACCGUCAUGGACGAGCUGAUCAAGGUCGGCGCCACCGAUAUUCUCGUCCUCAACAUCGCCAACUCGAGAACCGGUUAG